AUGGCAAAAACGUUUACUGUCGAAGAGGUAGCUGAACAUAAGAACGAUGACUCUCUUUGGAUUAUCGUUCAUGGUAAAGUUUAUGACGUGACAAAUUUUCUUGGUGAACAUCCAGGCGGCAAAAAAAUAUUGCAAAAAGUAGGCGGUCAAGACGCUACAAAGCAAUUCGACAAUUUCCAUAACGCGUCGGUUCUCGAUAAAUACGGACCACAAUUGUAUAUCGGUGAUAUUGGCGAUGCAGCGGCUCAAGCCGCGGCCACUAAAAAUGAAGAUCUUGUUACGAGCGCAGAAGAUGCACAAUUCGGUGAUCUUGUUCCCUUUGGUGACCCUUAUUGGUAUCAAGAUUUUUACAGUCCAUAUUAUAAUGACUCGCAUCGUCGUUUACGUGCGGCCGUUCGUAAAUUUGUUGAUAUCGAGAUUAUGCCAAAUACUUUUGAGUGGGAUGAAGCUAAAAAAAUUCCAGCUGAACUCUUUAUCAAAGCUGGCAAAGCCGGUAUUUUACCGGGUGUUUGUGGUGCUCCAUGGCCAAAAGAGUAUCUGACAGAUGUCAAACCAGCUGGAGGCGUAAACCCUGAAGAAUUUAACGGUUUCCACGAAUUCAUUAUUUGUGACGAAUUAUCUCGAUGUGGAUCCGGUGGUAUAUUAUGGGGAUUAAUCGGAGGUCUUGGUAUCGGUCUUCCACCAAUUACAAAAUUUGGCUCAGAAGAAUUGAAAAAACGAAUUCUUCCACAAUGUCUUGUCGGUGAAAAAUUCAUUUGUCUUGCCAUUACUGAACCUUAUGCUGGGUCAGACGUGGCUAACAUUAGAACUGAAGCUAAAUUAACAGAAGAUGGUAAACAUUAUAUUGUUAAUGGGGAAAAGAAGUGGAUUACAAAUGGUGUCUUUGCCGAUUAUUUCACCGUUGCUGUUCGUACUGGAGGACUUGGUAUGGGAGGAAUUUCGUUACUCUUAAUCGAAAGAACGAUGCCAGGUGUAAAGACAAGACAAAUGCAAUGUUCUGGUGUAUGGGCAUCUGGUACUGCUUAUAUCACUUUUGAAGACGUAAAAGUUCCCGCUACUAAUAUUGUCGGUAAAGUUAAUGGUGGUUUCAAGUGUAUUAUGCACAAUUUCAAUCAUGAACGUAUGGGAAUCGCUAUUCAAGCCAAUCGUUUUGCACGUGUUUGCUACGACGAAGCUGUUAAAUAUGCUCAUAAACGCAAGACAUUCAACACUAAACUCGUGGAUCAUCCUGUAAUUCGUAACAAAUUGGCACAUAUGGCACGUCAAAUCGAAGCAACACAUGCCUGGAUGGAAAAUCUAAUCUACCAAACAGAUCAAUUGCAUGGUACAGAGGCUGCUACUAGACUUGGUGGUCCUAUCGCUCUCUUGAAAGCUCAAUCGACACAAACCUUUGAAUAUUGUGCACGUGAAGCUGCUCAAAUCUUUGGUGGUUUAGCAUAUACUCGUGGAGGACAAGGAGAAAAAGUAGAACGUCUAUAUCGUGAAGUACGUGCUUACGCAAUCCCUGGAGGUUCCGAGGAGAUUAUGCUUGAUUUGGGAAUGAGGCAAUCAUUGAAGGUUGCCCAAUUCUACGGAGCUAAACUUUAA